GGGAGAAGGGUACCUGGUCAUCUCCUACAGGAAGUGCGUGUGCCCCUGGGGUGGAGCUGUUUCUGACCCUCAGGGUUUGUCUUUGCUGCAGGGACCAUGAAGAUAACUUCCACCUGGCACACGCUGUGCUGGCCAAACUCAAGGCAUUCAAGAUCCAAGGGAAUUGGAUCUGGACUCAGCAGGGAAUUGAUGGAGGAGUCUCUCGAGGCUACCCAGGGAGGGAAGGUUUUGCGGGGGGAAAGAAAGAGUUUUCCAGAUGACUCAGACAUCUGGAUGGUGGCAGCAAAACCAGAUCUAAACUGGUCCGACGUUCCUGCUGUUUGGCCCCUGCUGACUUGUCCUCCACCCCCCAAGACAUCAUUGAGGACAAACUGGACAAGAAGUUGUGGCCCUUUGUGUCGGACUUGGUCCUUGCCACCAGUUCUCAGGCUCCUGUCAGGGCCCCGACAAAGCCCGCUCUCAGCUGCUGAUUGUAGAUUGGAGCUUCGACCUGGUGUCCCCACUGCUGCACGAGCUCACCUACCAGGCCAUGGCCUACGACCUGCUCAGCCUCGAGAACGACACCUACAAGUACAAGACGACAGAGACCAGCGACUCGCAGGAGAAAGAGGCACUGCUGGACGAAGACAACAAACUGGGUGCAGCUACGCCACAUGCACAUCGCUGACAUCUCCAAAUGUUUAUAAUGAGAUUGUUUCCCUCUUGGUACAUAUGGAUGACCAAGAUAAGGACAAAAUUGCCCUCAGGAUUGCCUGUAUAGCUGAGACCAAGCUGGCUAUCGUUGUUACCGUUCUGCUAGAAAAACUACAACAGGAUGAGCAAAACAGAGUAGACAUUUACUAUGUCCUGGAGAAGGUAUUACAGCAGGACACCGGGGGCCUAGAGAGAAGGCUAGUGAACAAAAUAAUAACCCUAGCCUUUGACCAGAUGAGAGAGAGUCAGCAAGUAACAAAUGAACUUAAAGUGGCAGCUAGUAACACCUUAGUGACGCUGGCUCGCUGCUAUUUUACUAAUGUGAUGGUUGAGCUGCACUGUCAUCUGGAACCACCGCAGCUGCCUGAAGAAUUUAUUUUAGUUACGCUGCGCAACCUGUUAUCAGCCUAUGCGCUUAAGUGUAUCCGUUUUAUGGUCCUGACCCUGCUGUUCAUGUCCUACAUGCGGAAGUUAGUCAAGGGCGGCAGGAUGAGACAAGCAUUUUGUGGUGUUCUGGAAGAAUGCUCAAGGGCAGUAAAUUUCUAUUUGAGUAACUGGGAAAAGUGCUCAUUCCCCAGAAUGAGUGCAUCGCAAUUCUGCUAUCGAUUUCUUCCCUUAUAUUCUCAUGUGACCAGCAACUGGCUGACCUGUGAGGAGCCUGAGCUGAAGCAGGCUAUCAUCAAAGCCCUUGGUCCCAUGAUGAGUCUCCUGCUACACCAAGAGAAGUAUCAGGAUCAGAUAUUUGAACUGAUCUCAUGGCUCCUUGAGCAAUAUAAGGAGGAUGCUCAUGUUUUUCACAUCACCAAGAGUCUGAGCCAGCUCUUGGAGGUCUCUGGUGAAUAUAAGAUCCCUCUCCCUAAGAGGAAGUUUCAAGCCAUCUGCAGUGCUCUGCACAACCAGAUCUGUUCUCAAGCUGAGCCGCUCAGCCUGGAACAUCACCCAGAGCUGGUCUAUUGUAUAGUUCAGCUAGCCCGUUCUUCUCCGGAGGAUCUGAUAGCCUUUCUGCGCUCGCAGCUGAAGGUUGAGAAUGAGGCUGUUCGUGUGGCAUCUCUGAAUCUGCUCAGAGCUAUUGUUGGUGCUGACUUGCCCGAGACAAGACUGAAAAAGUUUCUGAUUGUGAAGGCAGUGAAAUCCACUCUGGGUGAUCAGAAUGCUACGGUGAGGAUGGCAGUUCUUCAUUUCAUCCGGAGGCUGCUCAGCUCAGAAAGUGUGGAGAAUUGUGCAGCGUGGGAGAUGGUAGCACAUGUUUUCAGGGAGUUCAGUGUAUCCACCAGCAAACUGGCUAUUCAGGAAGAAAACACUAUCCAAAGCCUGUGCAUUGACAUCCUGCAAUGUCUGGACACCUCAGUCAGUGGAAUGACCCAAGUGCUAUGGCCAAGGCUUCUAGAAUAUGUGGUGCCAGCUGAGUACACUGGCACUUUGAAGCCUCUCUGCAGAUGCCUUAGGGAACUGGUUGAGAAAAAGCAGCAGGAAGGAGAAGAAGCUGCUUGCCUCGACUACGGUGGACCAGUGAAACUCCCUACACCCCAGGGGCUGCUGGCACGACUCCUGGUAGUAGCCUCAUCUCCUUAUGCAGGAGAAGGACACGGAUGUGCUGCCUUGCAGUUACUACAGGCCCUGCACCAAAAUAUCCAUGCAGCAGUGGGUGAGAUGUGGGUAGUAAAGAUCCCAUCUCUGGUGCAGUACAUUGAAGGAAACACAGAGAAUUCCCUGGAUUGUGCGCGGUGGGAGCACAUGCUGCUUCAGUUCCUAGGAACAUCUCUGGAGAUGAUAGACGACAGUGCCUGGAGCAGGCAGAUAAGCCUUGAGUUGAGCCAGCAGAUGGCCAGCUAUACCAGCCCCUCCCAUGAGAAGAGUUUCCUGUAUAAGGCGCUAGGAACGUCCUUAGCAGUUUGUCAGGACCUGGUCCAUGUUAAAUCACAGCUUCAUCAAUUUCUGAGAACAACAGAUUAUAUGGAAGUCCCUGAGAGAGAGGGAGUCAUUUCCAUCCUCGCAUUCUCUGCUGAGAGCCAUCUGGACCUCACCCUGAACGCACUUCAGGAGUUUGGGGCUGCAAUGAACAAGGUUAAGAUUCCUGGGUUCAUCAGCCGCCUGAAGGACUACCACCAUGGGAAGAGAGGCAAGACUCGCAGCACCCUGAUGCUGACAUACAGCAGCGUGGCUGUCCAUGCUCCAAAAGACCAGCUUCUUUCCCGAGUAGAGGCAGACAUCACAGGGAACAUCCUUCUCCAUUACAGAGCCAGUUGUCAGGUGCUGGGCAUCACUGUUGCGAACAAGGACAUGUACCUAAAAUUAACCCUCAUCCACAAUGUCAUGGAGAUUAGCUGUGCCAUCUUGGAGACCAGAGACUCCCAGGAGUUUGAAUUCUCUUACAAACUGGAGCUCCUUGGCUACAUGCUGGACUUCAUUAAAAAGGAACCACUGGAUUCCCUGGCAUCUCCAGUUCGCUACAAGGCAAUUCUUGCCAUUGAACAUCUGAGCAAACUGAAACCAUCUCUGACCUUGGAGGAAAACCGUGAGCUCCUUGAUCAGUGCUUCAAAAGUUUAUUUCCCCUUCCUCCCUUGGAGAUGAUGAAAAAGGAAGGCGAGACAGCAAAGAAUGCUCUGCUUAUACAAUCACUCUACGUGAGGUCCUUCGAAGCCCUUGGCGAACUAACGGAGACUUUGCUGGAGGGAGAACCAACCUCAGACUGGUUCCAGGAAAUGUUUGAACUCCUAGCGACAUGGUUCAGUUCAGGGAAGGAGUGGGAGAGAGAAAGGGCCUUGCAGGCCAGCAUGCAGCUGCUGACUGCCUAUCAAGAGACAGUUCAUAGCACAACUCAGGAAACUUUUAAUCAGUUUGGAUCUGUGAUUGGACAAAUAGCACCAUACAGCUGUGAUUCACUGGCCACGUCCCGUCAGUGGGUGGUUGACUGUAUCAGCUGCCUUCUCAGUAUGCAAGGCCAGCCCAUGAACCUCGGGUCAGUGGAGGAGGAGCUGAGCUGUCUCCGUGAAGAACUAACAGCAGCUCCAGACCCUGAGGCUCUGUUUCAGGCAUCUUCCAAAAUGGCCAGGGUUGUUAGUGAGUACUUCCCUUCCGAACAGGCUGCAGACUUUAUUGAGGCCACAAUGGAUAGUAUGCUGUCUGCUAACCCCACCUGUGCCACGGCAGCUGGGCUAUGGAUGAAGAUCAUCCUAAAGGAGUGUGGAGAUGCCAUGCUGGACCAGGUGCCAGCUAUUCUGAAUAUAAUAUAUAGCCACAUGCUUAGUAUCAAGGAGGGCAGCUUGAGGCAGUUCCUUCUGGAGGCAGUGUCCAUUCUAGCUCAUCAUCAUCUAGAGGCAGUGAUCUCCAGCCUCCUCAGAAAACGUCUGCCGAUGAACCGUGACACCACUGAACUGUGGAGAUCUCUGGGGGAAGACCCCUUGCUUGCCACUCAAGUCCUACAGGUCCUAAUAGAAAAAAUAAAGACUUCAACAAGCCAAGAAGGAAGCGUCACCUCAGAGACUGAAACUGACAGGCAUUUGGCAGCUGCUGAACCUCUCUCAGCAACAUGUGCCAUCUUUCAGGUGGUGUCAGCACUGCAGUCGAGCAAAGCCGUGCAGGAGCUGCUCCCAGAGUUGUUUCCUGUUCUCCUGCAGCAGGUCAGCCGAACCUUAGGCCAAAAGAUGCCUUUGCCAGUGAUCAGCAGCCCGAGCCUAGGCCAAAGAGACCGACAACAUACUGAAGGCAACCCUUGCCGGUUUUCUGUCCAAGCAUUAGAAUCUGUGCUUUUCAAAGUUGGGAAUGCGAGACUGAUGAGAGAACUCAGGGAGCAGAGAACUUGGAUUCUGCUUGAAAACCCCCAGACUCACCAUGAGGGAGUGUGUCUGCUGGUGAGCGUUCUGCUAAAAUCUGAACUAGUAACACCUGAGAUCAUCCAGAACCUCCUCCCCUGGGUGAAUUCCCCGACAGAAAACUACCGAGUCACGGGCACAGCUUUCCUUGCCCAGCUAAUGAGUAAUCCCAUGCUCAGGGAGAAGAAGUUCCUUAAGAGUGUCUUACACAUCUUGGAAGAAAGGUCACAGGAUAGGAACAGCAUUGUCCGUCAGAUGGCUGUAAGAGGCCUGGGAAAUAUAGUCGAUGGGGCGCCUGAGAAGGUGAAAAAGCACAAGAAGUUUCUUCUGGACAUACUGAUCGGGGCCUUACAUGACAUUUUCAGUUCUGAAGUCAUUGGCGAGAGCAUGAAAGCACUGGCCAAAGUCCUGAAGGAGCUGAAAGAGAAGGACAUCGGUUCUUCCUUCAGAGACCUCACCCAACAGAUCCGGACCUACUUUGACGAUGAGGAUGAUGCCCUUCGUUCAAUGGCCUUUGUCCUAUUUGGCAUCCUGGCUCAGUUGACAAAGAAAAAUGGAAGGCCUAUUUCACCGAGCAGGUUCGAAAGAGCUGGGUCACACUUCUGCUGCACCUGCAAGACCAAACCCCAGGGUUCAAUGGUCCCUACCUCCCAGAAUAGAGGACAGACCACAGCUGUGCCUGGUGAAGCAGCUUUCAUCGGUAUAACUGUUCCCAAAAGACAUUGA